AUGGGGAGGGGGAAGAUUGCGAUUGAGAGGAUCGACAACACAACGAACCGUCAGGUGACCUUCUCCAAGCGGCGCGGAGGGCUGAUGAAGAAGGCCCGGGAGCUUGCCAUUCUUUGUGACGCCGAUCUCGCGCUCAUCAUCUUCUCCAGCACGGGUCGCCUCUAUGACUUCGCGAGCUCCAGUGGAAUGCAGGCAAUACUAGAGCGGUACCAGAAGGCAAAAGAGGAGCACUGCGGAGUGUUGAAUCCAACAUCUGAGGCAAAGUUAUGGCAGAGGGAGGUUACAACCUUGAGGCAGCAAGUGCAGAACUUACACCACAAUAAUAGGCAAUUGUUGGGAGAGGAGCUAUCGGGGACCACUAUUCGAGAUCUGCAGUUUCUAGUGAACCAGGUUGAGAUGAGCUUGCAUUCCAUAAGAAAGACGAAGGAGCAAGUUAUGGCUGCGGAGAUCCAUGAACUUAACCAAAAGGGAUUUCUUGUUCAGAAGGAAAAUGUCAAACUUGACAAGAAGUUCAGUAUUGCUCAUGAGCAGAACAUAGAGCUGCGGAAGCAGGCAAGAAGUGCCAUGGAUUCUCAUCUUUCGGCGGCCAUGAGAUCGAGUGAGCAGCAAGCCAGCGGAAGCAACUCAAAAGCUGCUGCCGGAUUAUUGUUGUCUACUAGAGUACGUGAACCAAAUAUUGACCUUGAGUUGCGCCAGCAGGAGCAUGAGGAUGAAUAA